CUAGGACUCCAAAUUAUGCGGGCUAUAUGCUCCAGGCUGAGCUGAAGAACGCAGAACGUGAUUGGCUGCUGUGGCGUCAAAUCAAGCCCUCGCAUGAUUUUUGACAUUUCCCUCGUCAGUGCCGUCUAUUUAGCAAAGUUCCCUCUUCGCUGAUGUACCGUGUUGCACAUUAGGCCGCCAAAAUGCCUCGCGACAAGGCGUCGUCGCAUCGUUCCUCCUCCAGCUCUCGCUCACAGUCGCAAUCCCAUUCGCGAACGCAGCCUCAGUCACAUUCUAGCCAUUCGAAUCGAGGUGAGCUGCGCGGUAGCAGCAGCGACGACAGCGCCCUUCACAAUGAGGGCAUGACGGCGCAGCGAUCAGAAUACGGCGGCGCGAGCCUCGCGUCGCCAACGGUUGCCACCAUCCUCGUUAGUAGCGUCGACCGUGGCGAUCUCAGUGACGAAUUCCCUUUCGUUACAAGCAGCAGAAGCGGGAGCCAUCACAGCGCGUAUGGGGGAAGGGGGAAACGAGGAGUAGGGGGAAGGGGAGGGGGAGGAGGGGAAGACGCGGUGAGCGAUGGCGAGUUACAGCCGUUCAUUCGAUCGCACCACGCCGCCACGCCAUUGCCUAACCAACCGGAGAUCGAACUCGAACAUCCGUCCGCGGACCUCCCCUCCCCCUCCGCCUUCCUCCCCCCGAUGAGCCCCGAGUCCAUCCCCCUCGGCCUCUCCUCGCUCCGCUCCCUCUCCGCACUUUCCGCCACCCCCCUCUGGCCGCCUCCACCAGUUGCGGAGUGGCCUCGAGCCGCCGCCGAACACGGGCCGCGAAUUGCGGCUGCUGCAGUGGAGGUUGCAGAUAGGCUGCUGUCUACAGUGCCGCCCCUGCUGACGCAGGCGCUGACGUCAGCGGCAGGAGGGGUGCACCGGUUUCUGCAGCGGUAUAGCGUGUAUGUGACCGUAGCGAAUGCUGCAAGGCCGGUUCUGAGGCCCGUCGUGGACAAAGUGCAAGAGGUUCUUGAUAAGAUUCCCCCCAUGACCACCCUCCCCGGGCGCCUGAUAUGGCUGGCGCUGCUGCUGCUGCUCGCGCUGCUGGCGGCCGCGCUGCCGUCCUUCGCCUCCACGCUGCACGACCCCACCUACUACUCCGCCGCCUCCUUCCCGCGCCGCAUCCCCGUGCUCGGCGAUGGCGGCUCCGCCCCGGUCUUCUCUGACGCCGGCUUCAAUGUGGAGGCCGCCGCCAAGAUGUGGGAGGCCAAGGUGGGGUGUGCGCGUUUCCGCUGGAAGCACCGCGGCGUGCUGAGGAAGUACUCGUACUCCGCCGCCUUCCCCAGGAGCCCCAGCCUGCAGGACCCGAGUCACGUGCAGUGCAGCGGCAUGCAGCUGCGCCAUGUCACCAUCCUGCUGCCGCCCGGCGCCGAGUCGUGGAUGUGGCCGCACAAGCUCGAGGGCUUCUACCACUGCCCCCGAUGCGGCAUCACCUGCCAGCUCUCCUGGUCGCCCCUCAUGGCGCUGCACGCUGACGCCACGCUGCACGUGUGGCCCGCAGAGGCCCCCGCAGAGAGGAGGCGCGGGCAGGCGCUGCGGGCGUACCUGAACCUGGAGUCGUGGGGGUUACCGCGCAACAAGCGGCUGUUCGAUGUGGGCGUGUCGGUGUAUCCUGGCAGCGACGUGCAGCUGACCUACUCGGGCGUGCACCACACCUUGGAGGCUGGUCGGCGGCAGUUCUUCUCCAAAAUAAAGAGGCAGGACGUGCCUGUGUUCCGCGCGUCGUCGCACUGCCAGUACGAGUGGCGGCAGGGGCUGGUCGAGGACGUGUUCGCCCUCGUGCCGCACCACAGCUUCGGGCACUGCAACAACAACAUGAAUGGCAGUGAUGCCGAGCUGCAGCUGUACCCUGAAUGCACGCACCCGAUGGUGAGCGUGCUGAAGCAGGAGAUCACGGCGUGCGCCAUGUCGCACUACAAGUUCAUCCUCAGCACCGAGAACACGCGCCUCAACGGCUACGUUACCGAGAAGGCGCUGGAGCCGCUGGAGGCGGGCACGGUGCCCAUCUACUACGGCGCGCCCGACAUCCGCAACUACAUGCCGCCCGACUCGUUCAUCGAUGGCACCAAGUACACCGCGGCGCAGCUGGCAACGCUCAUCACAGCGCUGAAUAACGAUCCAGUCAAGUACAUGAACUACUUCGCGUGGCGCAUGUGUGGAGUUCCGGGUCCCUUGGCCCAUGUGACCGCCCUCAACUUUGAUACCUUUCCCUGUAGAUUGUGUGAGGCCGUCAGUGCCAAGGGGGGCAGAAUGUUCUAGCCAGGCCCCUAGAUUGCAGGAAAAUUAUCCUGAUUCAGGAAAAAAACAGACCCCGUUGGCGGGCCGGUCCUGAUUGCGUAGGGUUUUUUUUGUUCGGCAUCCUGUUUUUUCAGCGGUUUUUUUGUAGUGAACUCUGAUCACUCCGCAUGGUUUAUGUAACGCGUCCUGGAAUUUCUGACACUCU